UUUUUUAGUUAGCUGGGGAUAUAAGGGUAUUGCUUCUAGUAGGAAUUGAACUACUCAGUAUCUUCCAAAUCCAUACAAUUUGAUCCCACGUGAGAUUUACCACUAGGCUAUCACCCAAGAAGAAGUUUGGUCGAGGAUAGAUGGUCAAAGAGGUAACUUGUUUUUGAUUUAUAAGGGCCUUUAGAAUUAGAACCAAUAAUUGAUUAAACAGCUGGAUAAUUAACCUCUCCAAUUUGCUUCCCUAAAGGAAAAAGGUCACUUAUGGAGAUGUAAAAGCUGAGACAACACCUACCUUUAUGCUUACUCCAUUCCAAAAUGCCCAACAUUAGGCUUAUUUGUCCCUUAAAAAAAAUGCCAAAGAAGUAAGUUGAACAACAAGCCACUAUUAAAUGAAGUCUUUUGGUACAUUUGGGUAGCCCUAUAUCACAAAAAGGUGCAAUCUAGUGAUGGAUGUGGUGAGUAUGGUAUGUUUACUUCUGAAGAUCAAGGAAAACAAAUCUAACUGAGGAAUAAAGAGCAAAAGGCAAAGAAGAAGCUUAGAAUCAAAGUUAGAUAUAGCAGCAGACAACCAAGAACCACAAACACAUGAAUCUUACCUUAGCUUCACAUUUUCAUGUUUGUAUGUCUGUUUUUUUGGACAAUGUAAUGUUGUCUGGUGUAUCUUAGUAUGACAGUAUUUUUGUAUCAACUAUGCAAUAGCCAUGAAGAAAAGAAAUCCAAAUAUUCUCUUCCUGUUCAUCCUUUUAAAACAAAUAUACAUCUGGAAGGGAACCCAUCAAUCCACAUCAAGAGAUCAAAACAGAAGGAUUAAUUAAGUUAAGACUGUCAUGGUGUUAUUGAAGUCUUAUUCUUGCAAUCCUGUGAAUCUCCAAGCAAAGCUUCCCUCUCUGGGAUUGCCUCAUUGUGUUCAAAGAUGUUCUUACGACCCGUCUUCUUCUUCCAUUCCCAGGUUGCACAUUUCCAAUUCUCAGGAGCCUCAAAAUCCUAUUCUGCUAUUCCCUACAAAUGUAGCAGCAAUAGUAUUUGGAGAUGGAUCAGAGUCACGGCUUUAUCCAUUGACGAAGAGAAGAUCUGAAGGAGCAAUACCAAUAGCAGCAAAUUACAGACUCGUCGACACGGUUGUGAGCAACUGCAUUAACAGUAACAUCAACAAGAUCUAUGCACUCACACAGUUUAAUUCUACUUCUCUGAAUUCCCACCUCUCAAGAGCUUACUCCGGAGUAGGUCUUGGAAUGGAGGGAUUUGUAGAAGUGAUUGCAGCUUAUCAGAGCCUUGAAGACCAGGGCUGGUUUCAGGGAACUGCUGAUGCUAUGAGAAGAUGCUCCUGGAUACUAGAAGAGUAUCCGGUUUCCGAGUUUUUGGUGCUUCCUGGUCACCAUCUCUAUAGAAUGAACUAUCAGAAACUUAUAGAAACUCAUAGGAAAGGAAAGGCUGAUAUCACUGCUGUGGCCUUGAGUACUGCAAGAAACCAGGACCCGGGUUUUGGCCUUUUGAAAAUAGAUGCAGAAAAUCAAGUACUAGAGUUCACAGUGAAAUCAGAGACAGAACCGUCGAAGUACAUCUCAGUCCGCAGCUCAAGAAACCCGGUUGAGAUUGCUAGUAUUGAUAAAUGGAGUAUGGGAAUCUUUCUCAUUAACAGAGAUAUAAUGUUGAAGCUUCUCCAUGAACAUUUUCCAAAGGCAAAUGACUUCCAAAGUGAAGUAAUUACUGGUGCAAUAUCAAGAGGAAUGAAGGUUCAAGCUUAUCUCUUUGAUGGAUACUGGAAUGACAUGAGAAGCAUAAAAUCAUAUUACCAAGCAAACAUGGAAUGCAUAGAGAAAUCAAAUUUGGGUUAUAACUUCUCUGAUAGAGAUUCUCCGCUCUACACUAUGCCGCGAAAUCUGCCUCCAACGCUUAUAAGUGAUGCUGUAAUUACAGACAGUAUCAUUGGAGAUGGCUGCAUUAUCAAGAGAUGCAAGAUCAAAGGGACAGUAAUCGGUAUGAAUACGAGAAUCGAUGAUGGAGCUGUAAUCGAGGAUUCAGUUAUCAUGGGAUUUGAUAUCUGUGAGGUUGAAGGGGUUCAAAGAAGCAGCAGAGAUGGGAAGGGCAAUGGCAUCAUCCCAAUUGGGAUUGGAGAAAAUACUCAUAUAAGAAAAUCUAUUAUAGAUAAGAAUGCAAGGAUUGGCAAAAAUGUUAUGAUCAUUAAUAAGGACAAAGUCCAAGAAGGAGAUAGGGAAGCUGACGGAUACAUCAUCAAGGAAGGAAUAGUUGUUGUUCUGCAUAGUGCAAUCCUCCCAGAUGGCAGCAUUUUAUGAUCAUUUGCUAAUAUUUUAUGGUUCAUACCAUUAUUUUCAUUUUUUAAAAAAAAUUUGUGACCAGCAUUAUUUUCAGUUACUUAUUUGAUUAUUGAAUAAUCAAUGUCAGAAAUACAAAAUCUCCCGUAUGGAUUAAGUAAGAGCCAAUCGUGUGUCUUAUAAGUUCAAGUUCAACUCGUCUCAAUUGUAGAGGGCUUGAAGGGUCAAAGUGGAUAAUACAUCUACAAGUUGUUUGAGUUUGAUUUUUUUACAUGGUAUCAGAGCAUGACACAACUAUGAUGUCUUGUUCACUU